AUGGUUGAAACCACACCAUCGCUGCUGGGAACUUGGUUGAGUACUGAAGCAUUCGGUAAUACGGCUUUGGACUGGUCAGAAGCUGUAAAGAAGCAGCGUGUUCAGCUCCAGCUUACCUUUAAGACUAGCAACACCUACAAGCUCUGUUUAGUGUCCAAAGAUGCCAAAAAGGAUGUAACUUCAAGCUUUAGACAUGUCAUGGCAAAAGAGGGAAGGUACGAUCUUCAAGGAAUCGACAAGAUCUCCAUUUACGGUGAUGAUUCCGGUAUUGAAUGGACUUACUUGUUUGAGGAGGAAAACAACCUUCGAAUUAGGCUGGAGGGAGCUAAGCGCGUUGGUAGAUGUAAGGGGGUAGAUGUCAUUUACUUAACGAGAGCAAAAAGUACGCAGGAAAAUUAG